UUCUCCGCUGUCGAAACUAUUCAAUUGUCUUUUGAUCGGAUUGAUUUACUUAUUUUGAAUGCUGCAAUGUUUUUAUCACCAAAAAUUGGCUGGUUGCCUUAUCGACGUGAAAUGAUAAUUGGUGCACAAAUAAUAGAACGUCAUUUGGCUGUUAAUGUUCUAGCUAAUGCUCAACUAUUUGCUUCAUUGUCUCAACGUUUAGAACAGAGUGUUUUAUCUUCAGGGAAAGCAAUUUUUGUUUCGUCGUGUUCAGCUAGAGCUGGGGAUUUGUCUCUGCUUUUGAAAAAACAAGACGAACGUUUUUGGUGUCGUCAUUUAAAUGGCUAUAAAUCAUAUGCUGAUUCUAAACUUUUACUUUCCGCUUAUGUUCAAUAUUUAAAUAAAGUUUUGAGGUCUCGUGACAGUCACAUAUCAGUUGCCAGCGUUCAUCCAGGUGUUGUUCCGGGGAAAUUUUAUAAAAAUGUUUUUUGGCCUUUCCGAUGUUUCAUAAAUUGGAUUUUGGCGCCGUUCAUGAGAACACCUUUACAAGCUGCUACUCAAAUUUUGGAUAUUGCAUUUUCUCCCAGCCAUAGUUCUCCUACUAAUUCAACUAAUCUUUACUACGAGAAUGGGCUUCCUUCAAAAAUAAAUGCGCUUCAAAACCAAGAAAAUAUUUGGCUUUAUGGUCGUUGUGUUAGGGAAAUGAUUGUUGAUAAUGAUGAAGAAAAUUUAUCUUUCAAUAUUAAUACUGGUAAUUUUGAUGAAAAUUCAAAACAAAAGCAACUAGAACAAUCAUCAGCAGAAUUUUUUGAACGCUUAUUAUCUGAAGCUGGAGCUAUUUAAAAUUUUGAUUUGAAUUUUUUUAAUUUUAUAAAUUCUUAAAUUUUUUAAGAAAAUAAAAAUUAAACCCCUGAAAUUUUUACUAGUUGAAUUUCUAAAUUUUUUUGCUACUUCUAAAAAUUUUUUAUUAAUCAAGAUUAUAUCUCUUAUAUUUUUACAACACUUUUCCUUUCUUGUAUCCAUUACUUUUAAUUUUUGUUGCCCUCUUAUAUUUUUAUGCUCGUCCAUCACCACGUUUAAAUAAAAUGGAAAAGAUUUCAGCUACUACUUACUGCUCAUCAAUCAUCUAUGCAAAUUUCAAUUUUUGUUCACUUGUUUAAAAAGGCAACAAUUCAACCGGAAGAAGAAGAGGAGAAAAACAAACAGGAAACCUCAAAAAAACAAUAGAAUUUUGAGACAUAUGGACAUCUUUUAAAAGAAUUAUGAUGAUCAUUAAUUGAGCACAUGGAUGACAGACGGCGGUGGUUGGAUUGAAUAAAAAAAAAAUUUUAUGGAAAAUAGAAAAGAAUGCGCAACUGUUGUUGUCAUAAAAAAGACAUGGAAAAGGUUUAGAAUUGA